GAGAGCAUUCUGGGACGCGGCUUUUCCAAAUCUUCAAACAUCGCGAAAUUACGGCUAUUCGCCAUUCGUUGUCUAGUCACGGGUUUUCCAAUAGUUUUCAAUCGUCUUACUCAUGUACGACAAAAGCAGACAAAUACUAACCAUGAAGAGGGUUACGUUAUUCAUUAUUCUGUCGCUGGCGGCAGUUGAUGCACAGUUAAAUUUCGAUGGGAAUCCUUUAACGGAUGAUAAUGUAUACACAGCAGAAGAAUCACAUUUUUCCGAAAGAUCCGCAAGAAAGAAUUCACUGAGUAAUAACGAAAAUGAAGAAAAUGUUGAUUCUUACUUGGCAGCAGCAAAGAGCUCUCAGGCGGAGCAUCCUCAAAAGAUUUAUCCUGUGGAUGUAAAAGAAUCUUUGGAAGAUACAACAAAAGAUACAUUUGUUGUUAACCAACGUCAGUCACAACCUAACAUUAAUCAAAGCGAUUAUUAUCAAAAUAUAGAAAUUUCUGUGACACCUGCUCCAGAGAAUAAGAUAAUUUUUGUGACACCUAGAAGCGAAUUGGCUCAGUCACGUCUGUUACAAAGUAUGAUGCCACAGUCAAAACUAAUCAGUUACAGACAACAAACACAAGAAUCGCCCAUGACAGUGAGCGAUGUUGCGUUAAAUUCGUUUUUGAAUUCAAAGACGCUCCAAGAGUCCCAACAGGCACUGGAAUAUUUUUUGAAGAGCAGACAACUGGCAUCUCAGGUUGUCCAACCGAGAGUCUCGGAAAUUGUUCUUCCUCAACAGCUGGAUCAGCAACAACAAGCUAUCCAACAGAAUUACAAUAUUGGUCAACAAUUGGCAAAUCCUUUGGACCUUCAAGGAUUUUCCAAUCCUACUCAAUCAAUUUCAUUGAGCGAAUUGACAUCAAAAGACAUUCAAGGACCUUACAACCUCAGUCCACUGAAUCCACAUCCUCCAGUGAUACAUGCAAGAAACGAUUUUUAUCGACCAACAAGAUAUCCAGGUUAUCGUCGGCCAGUCAGGAGAUAUAAUGUAAAACCAUUUCAUGGUCAAUCAAGAAUCGGUCCAGGUCCAUUUUAUAAAGGUGUUGGUCCUCCAGGUAGAUUUCCUUCAAAACCGAUCGAAGUGAUCUAUACAAAGCCACCUGGAUUCGGCCACAAGUCUCCCUACUUCAGCAACCCACCAGUUCCGUAUGAAGAUGCCAGUGCUUGGUUCCCCGAUGCUGAUCAUCCUCCUCCAGACAAGAAUAUUUAUUGGUCUCAAUUGUACGCUCAGUCCUACGAUCCUCAUUAUUAUAACUACAUAGCGAAGACUGGCAAAAUCAAGCCCCAUCUCUAUGGAAAGUUUGACAAGCAUGAUGAUGGACUUUGGGCUGAGCUCUAUAAAAAUUUCAAAAGACACGGUCUAAAGAAUAUUAUGACCCCGACGUUCUUGUUGGGUAUGACGAUUCCAGCAAUAACUCUAAUGCUCUCAGCUUUGGUUCAGAAGAGGUCUCUGGGUCGAUCAAGUGACAGUGACCUUGUCGCUGAAGAACAGAUUAAAGAAUAUCUGGAAAGAGUGCAAAAAGCUAUCAAGUGCUACGACAGAGAUUCCACGGACAGUCAAGACGAAGAUACGGAGUGUUAAUAGUGUAAUAUAAAAGUCAGGUAUGAGUGUUACAUGAACAAUGUAAACUUGCUAUUCAGGUUCUAUGAAUCUCUAGCGAGUAUUAUAACUUAAGAUAAUUUAAAAGCAAUACAUCUGUACAUCCUUAUUCUAUGUAUUUCCGUAUUUAUUACUGCUAUUCAUUAGACCAUUACCAAUCAGUACUUCCUUGUUUACAUAAUGUCAUGGGCAAAGAUAUAAGCACUGCUAAUUACAAGCUCAACCUCUAUAACAUAAAUCACGCUCUAUGAUCUUCACUAGGUGUUCGCACAAACCACUAAGAUAAAAGACCAGCUAUUAAUAGCAGCAAUAUCCACGUGAUGUCACGUAUGGAAAAACACUUUGCUCUCUUAACCCUCGCUACUUUUCUUACUAUGCUUAAGUAAGAACUUUCGCUAACGCAAGCCCCUGUCAUAUCCUCAUAACUGCAAGUAUCAUUAACAGGCAUUGAAUGCUUAGAGAAUGACAGUCGAAUCUUAUGCUGCUGUUCAUCGUCUGGCAUCUCUCAUUUGAAUGCUCCGGGAAAUUGAGUAAACGGCUCAAUCUACACGCUGAGAGCAAGGACACACGUUCCAUGACUUCUGUAGUUCUGAUCGAUGUUCAUUCAGAGCGAAAAUCCUUGUUAAAUAUUUUCACAAAUCAGCAACGCUCCUUAACUGCUUCACACUCGAAUGAUAAUAGCGUUGCUUCAGCGAUUUAUCAUUUUACCCUGUAACAAAAUUAACAUAUGUAAAUCGAUGUUGGUUCUGUUCAGAUUCAAUAAAGGAAUUAGUCAAUGAGA